CAAUAGAGGAAGGAGAAAGGAAAGAGAAUGUUGUUUCAAGAUUUAAUUGAAAUACAGUAUUGACUCUUGGCUUCACCGUCCAGGAGUUAACUUUCAAGUUUUCUUGAUCCGUGAUCCCUUUCUUCAUAUUUAUCUCUCUGUUUGUCUGUUGUUUUCCCCUGUAAUGGAGAAUACAAGCAAACGAAGUACCUUUUGCCUUCAAAGCCUGUUAUUUAUCUUUCUUCCAUGCCUCUUUUUCUUAAUUCAGUACCUUGCUGUCCCUGUUACAGGAGACUCACUGGUAACCCCUUACAACCCCAUAGAAAACAUCACUAUUGACUGUGGUUCUUCCACCGAUAACCGAUCUCUCGAUAAUCGCCCUUGGAUCGGAGAUGUCAAUGGAAAAUUCACCCCCAUAGAGCAACAAAACAAUAAUAAUAAAUCAUCAGUGUCUUUAACAGCAACUCAACCACUGCCCACCUCAGUUGAUACCGUUCCGUACUACACGGCUCGGCUUUCUCACUCAGAAUUCACCUAUUCAAUUCCCCUCACCGCUGGCCAAAAGUUUAUUCGCUUGUACUUCUAUCCAACUUCAAAUCCAGGCUUUGACGACCCUUUUAAUAAAGCUUUCUUCUCUGUUAAAGCAGGUCCCUUUACCCUUCUCAGGAAUUUCAGUGCUUUACUUCAUGCUGGAGGCAAAAUUACUCUCAUCAAAGAAUUUUGUGUAAACAUUGAUAACGGCCAAAGGCUAAACUUAACCUUCACUCCAAGUCCUGAUAUCUCUGAUUCUUAUGCUUUCAUCAACGGUAUUGAAGUCGUUUCCAUGCCAACCAAUCUGUAUUACAAACAAGCAAGUGAUGCUGGGAUUUUUUUUCUAGGCCAGGGAAGCUUGUACUCCCUAGGAAACAACUCCGCCCUUGAGAUGGUGUAUCGAGUCAACGUUGGUGGGAGACAUAUCUCUCCAGGAGAUGACACUGGGAUGUUCCGUAGCUGGUUAGAGGACAAAGACUAUUUGACAAUCGCGAAACCAAGUGCUCUUCCUGUUAAUAGCAGUAUUAAUCUGACCUUCAGAAAUAUACAAUCGUUCUCUGCUCCAAGGGAGGUUUAUGUAACUGCCAGAACCAUGGGAACGAACAAGACGGAGAAUGAGAACUACAAUCUGACAUGGGAUUUUCUUGUUGAUUCUGGGUUCAAUUACUUUGUAAGGUUACAUUUUUGUGAGUUUCAGGGAGAGAUAACAAAACAAGGUGAUAGAGUCUUUGAAAUCUUCUUGGCUAAUUUAACUGCAGAAACUCAAGCUGAUGUUAUUGUCUUGAGUGGUGGAAAUGGGCUUCCAGUAUAUAGGGAUUUUGUAGUGGCAAUAGGAACGAAAGGAAAAGUAAAGCAACAAAGUCUCUCGAUUGCUUUGCAUCCUUCGCCGGGAUGGAGAACUCUUUAUUCUGAUGCAAUCUUGAAUGGGCUAGAAAUCUUCAAAUUAAGCAAUAGUUUUGAUCUUGCCGGACCUAAUCCUGAUCCAGUCCUCAUAAAUUCACCAGGAAAUUCACCACCAAGCUUAACGAAGCCCAAGAACACCAACAAUACAACAUUAGGUAUUGUGGUAGGUGUAAUAGCGGGCUUUGUUGUUUUCUCUCUUCUUUGUUUCUUCAUUUUCCGGCGAAAGAUGGGAGUCAAAGAUUCAGGUUCCAGUGAGGGAGUUUCAUGGUGGACCCAAUUUUCCUCUACAACAAAAUCCAACAAGUCAACCAAGUCUCGUGGCUCAUCUCUGCCCUCCGAUCUUUGCCGCUACUUUUCACUGGCCGAGAUCAAAGGCGCAACCAACAACUUCGACAGUGUUUUCAUUAUUGGUGUUGGAGGUUUUGGUAACGUGUACAAAGGAUUCAUUGAUGGCGGGGCUACCCAAGUUGCAAUCAAACGGUUGAAUCCUGAGUCUCAACAAGGGGCUCAUGAAUUCAAGACCGAGAUCGAGAUGCUCUCCCAGCUACGCCACCUCCAUUUGGUCUCAUUGAUUGGCUAUUGCAACGAUGGCGGUGAGAUGAUUCUUGUGUACGAUUAUAUGGCCCAUGGAACACUUCGUGAUCAUCUAUACAACACUGAAAAUCCUCCUCUUCCGUGGAAACAACGGCUAGAGAUUUGUAUUGGUGCCGCGCGCGGAUUGCAUUAUCUUCAUUCAGGUGCAAAAUACACAAUCAUUCAUCGAGAUGUGAAGACAACAAAUAUCUUGUUGGAUGAGAAGUGGGUUGCUAAGGUUUCGGAUUUUGGGUUGUCUAGAGUGGGCCCCACGAACAUGUCCAAAGCCCAUGUUAGCACGGUAGUGAAAGGCAGCUUCGGAUACUUGGAUCCAGAGUACUAUCGUCGUCAACAAUUGACAGAAAAAUCUGAUGUAUAUUCAUUCGGUGUGGUCCUCUGUGAAAUAUUAUGUGCUAGGCCACCAAUUAGUCGCACGGUCGAGAUGGAACAGGCAAGCUUAGCAGCAUGGGCACAACAAUGCCAUCGAAACGGAACUCUGUACAAAAUCAUUGAUCCAUUUUUGAGAGGUAAGAUUGCGCCUGAGUGUUUGAAAAAAUUCACAGUAGUGGCUAUGAGUUGUUUGCUUGAUGAAGGAAUCGAAAGGCCAUCGAUGGCCGAUAUUAUGUGGAGCCUGGAGUUCGCACUACAAUUGCAAGAAAAUGGUGAGGAGGAGCUUAAGCCUAAUGGUGGGGCGGGCAUUGAAGAAGACAUCGAUGUGGAGAGCCCCUUUAAAAACUAUGGAUUGGAAGAUGACAGUGGGGAAGUGUUCAGUAGCAUUGGUGAUCAUGUCAUGAAUUCCAAGACCACUAGUGCUUUCAGCAUAACAACAAGUGAUGAACAAAGUUUUGUUAGCAAAGAUUCUGACAGACUCUUGUCUAAGGCAGUGUUUUCCGAGAUUAGAAAUCCGCAAGGACGAUGAUCAAAACUUGAUGCAUGCUUGCAUAUAGAACGGUAUCUUGGAGUGUCCUGCUUCAUUUGAGAUAGAUCUAUUAGUACUUUUAUUCUAAUUGAAGAAAAAUUUGUAUGCAUUGUAGCAUCAUUAAUAUUAGAUUUCAAGGUAGGUUGACGUACCUCAUCUAUAUUUAAUAUUUUAUGAGCUGGUUGCAUAAUUUAAGAAUGCUUUCAAUAAUUGUUGCAAGCGAUAGAUCCAGAAUUUAUAUUACGAGGGUAAAUUGUUAAAUAAUAUUUAUUUACAAGAAUUAUUGUAAUUUUAAAUAUAUUUAUA